AUUUGGGGUUCAGUGUUUGUGUCGGUAGCGAGUAAGCGCAAGACAUUCGUGUGACUCGAUUGACUUGGCACGCGCAUCUGCUUCGGUCGUUGGGGAAGAUUCAACCGAGGAUUUGAAGCAGGACAUUCCUCACUCAGGCAACGUAUCUGAACGCAUCGCAGUAAUCAUUAUUUUAUGAGAGCUUUGAUUGCACCACUGUAGUCAGUCCCAUGAUACCAAUAACUCCUUUACGACUCUCCCUGGACGUAAUUGGCUGACAUCAGUCACGUGAUCUAUGAAGAUAUCUGGGUUGAACGCGUUCGUGGAGAGGGAACAGCAACUGGCGGACAACCACCUAGAGUCAGCAAUCUUAAUCCUGAUACCGUGGAGAUUGCAGCACCAUGGAACCUGUGGACCCGACUGAAAACUGGUUGAAAGAAUGCCUAGAGGGAGGUACUAGAGUGACAGAAGUCAAAGUUGACAACAUAGAAGCUGAAUUACUUCUAACAAAAACCGAAUAUCAAAAGGAAAAUAAGGUGGCGACAAAGCCACAUUCAACCCCAAGAACAUUGAAAUGGCUACAAGACAACUACGAACUGGGAGAGGGUGUGUGUAUUCCACGGAGUACCCUAUACAUCCAUUACUUGGAUUAUUGCAACACAAACGACUGCCAGCCUGUUAAUGCUGCCAGUUUUGGCAAGAUAAUACGACAACAGUUCCCACAAAUAACAACUAGGAGACUUGGAACUCGUGGUCAAUCAAAGUAUCACUACUAUGGGAUCGCUAUCAAAGAGACCUCGGUAUACUACGAAGUAAUCUUCUCCAGGAAAGGGCUACAAAGUGGUGAUGGUAAGAAGGACAGCAGUAAGCAAUCCGUGUCAUACUCUCCCCGCUCAAAAUUAGGAACGAUUUUACCAGAUUUCCCAAGUCUUGAUGAAGUCAAGCUUCCUCUUAGUGUCUCCAGAGAAAAGGUAACAACGUUCCUGAUGAUGUAUCGAACGCAUUGCCAACGAAUUCUUGACACAGUUAUCAGAGCAAACUUUGACGAGGUACAGAGUUUCCUGCUUCACUUUUGGCAAGGUAUGCCAGACCAUAUCAUUCCUGUACUGGGCUACCCUGUCAUUGCCAACCUGAUUGGUAUAUGUGACUCAAUCACUUACAGUGCUGUCUCCAAUGUAUUAAUGCCUUCCGUACUCCAGCCAUUGCCGGAAAGUCUAACUGCAGUAAUCAGGAAGUUCUCCAGAGAUUUAGAAGGCUGGGUCAAAGCUGCAUUGGAGAACCUGCCUGAUAAUCUGAAACUUGUGAAACUUGAUUUAUGUAGGCGAUUCUCUCAGUUAUUAAAACGCCAGACAUCAUUGAACCAUCUUUGUCAAGCAUCACGUAGUGUUAUCCACAACUCUGACAUAACGGCACAGAUGCUAGAUGAUUGGUCCAUGGUCGAUUUAGAAAGUAUAUGUAAGCAGACCCUGUACACAAUGGACCGGUUCAAUGAAAGGGACUUCAUCUUGUUAUCAGAUUUAUACAGGGAGUUUGAGCUAUUGCUUGAGGACGAGGCUCCAUUGGAAUCUUAUGCUGAAUGGCUUGACUCCAUGGUAGAGAGAUGUGUAGAAAAGCCAUGCAAAAAGAAGGAUAUGCCACUGAACCGAGUAGCUCGCCAGUUCCUUUUGAUAUGGUCCUGCUUUGGUACCAGAGUAAUCAGAGAUAUGACUCUUCAUAGCGCUCCAAGUUUUGGAUCGUUCCACCUCGUACACCUGAUGUUUGAUGACUAUGUGCUGUAUAAGGUCGAGCAGCUUCAUAAUGCUGAGAGGACAUCUCAUCUACAGUUACUCAUUAGAGGUCUUCCUUUACCAGAUUUCACAGAUGAGUUGGUUCUACCUAAGCCUUGUCUAGAUGGCCUCAAUAACCCUUGUUCGAGCAGACUUAGCGUUUCACCUUAUUCCACUGGAUCAAUUGCCCAACUAGAACCCUGUCAACUUGUAACCCCACAUUCUAAUAAAGAUGCUACAGAGCAUUGCAAAUUGGGCUUGAAUAGAGGUUUUUCAAUGAUCCAACCAUAUGAAACAGACAAGAGCCGGCUACAAAUUUCACAUUCCGAUCAAUAUUCUCAGCAAGCAAGUCCAACUUAUGAUAACUCAGCACAAUCAGUAGGCGUAUCACAAGGGUGUCCGAGUCCUAGAUAUCCCUCAAGUAGCAAUUACAGUCAUUUUUCAAAUACCAUGGGACAAGGGUUUACUACAGAGAUCCUAAACAAUCAGAGUGUUUUUCCAGUUAGACAUACAGGUCUUAGAGAAGAUUGGUCAAUUUCACAGCAGUUAAACAGUAGCGGUACGAACAACACGUCCUACCAAUCAAGUGACAUGGUCCCUAAUAACUACAACACACAUCAGGGGUAUUCCAACCACGAUUCCUAUGAACAUUCUGUUGCCAAUAGUUACAGGCAGCUGAAUACAGACAGUUUCUAUAACAGCCAUGCUGCUAUAAGUCUAGUUGCUAGCAAACGAAAAUUAGAAUCAGUUGAAGAAAUGGGACCCAGGAGACAAAGAAACAGGACAUAUGAACCAUUGCCCCACGCAUCAUCUUAUGGCAGGGCUUAAGAUCUGAUUGACUUCUGGUCAUAUUGACCGACAGAUCGGUUGAUACAGAUAUGUAUUAUACUAAAUAUGUAUUUAGAACCUGAAUAAAAGUUUC